GGCUCGGUGGUGGCAGCGCUCGCGAGAAUUCCGCCGCCUGGCCGAGCGACGGCUAUGCCCGGUUUCCGACCUGGGAUCCCUCCCGAAUCUGUGUGGUCCAGACUGUGAUGGCGGCGGCCUUGGGGACGGACCGGCUUAGGUUGUUGGCAUGGAGUGGAGAAUGAAGAGGAACCUUCUGAGCAGAGUGUUUCUGUAGCAGUGUCACACGUUCAUACUUUCAAGGCAGAUUCAUCGACCCAGAUGGCUCACCCCUGUGACUUAUGUGGCCCAAUCUUGAAAGAUAUUUUGCACCUGGAUGAACACCAAGAAACACACCAUGGACUGAAACCUUACACAUGUGGGGCGUGUGGGAGACAAUUCUGGUUCAGUGUAAACUUUGACCAGCACCAGAAGCUGUACAAUGUAGAGAAACUCUUAAGAGGAGACAAAGACAAGACCUCAUUUGUGAAGAACUGUAGGGCCUGUGAAGAACCUCACCUGUCAGAGAAGCCCUUUACAUGUGAGGAGGAGCAGAAGAACUUCCAGACCAGUUUGGGCAGUCACCAGCAAAAGGCCACCCACAGUAAGAGGAAAACAAGGAGCACUGAGAGUGGGGAGGCCUAUCAUAUUAGACAAAUGCAUUACAAGUGCAGUGAAUGUGGGAAAGCUUUCAGUCGCAAAGAUACACUUGUCCAGCACCAGAGAAUCCAUACUGGAGAAAAGCCUUAUGAGUGCAAUGAAUGUGGGAAAGCAUUCAGCCGCAAAGCCACACUUGUCCAGCACCAGAGAAUCCACACAGGAGAAAGGCCUUAUGAGUGCAGUGAAUGUGGAAAAGCCUUUAGCCGCAAGGACAACCUUACUCAGCACAAAAGAAUUCACACUGGAGAAAUGCCUUAUAAGUGUGGCGAAUGUGGCAAAUACUUCAGCCAUCACUCCAACCUAAUUGUACACCAGAGAGUUCACAAUGGAGCAAGGCCUUAUAAGUGCCACGAUUGUGGGAAAGUCUUCAGACACAAAUCCACACUUGUUCAGCAUGAGAGUAUCCACACUGGAGAAAAUCCUUAUGUUUGCAGUGAAUGUGGGAAAUCCUUUGGCCACAAAUAUACCCUUAUUAAACACCAGAGAAUUCAUACGGAGGCAAGGCCUUUUGAGUGCACUGAAUGUGGGAAAUUCUUUAGUCGAAGCUCUGACUUUAUUGCACACCAGAGAGUUCACACAGGUGAAAGGCCUUUUGUGUGCAGCAAAUGUGGGAAAGAUUUCAUCAGAACCUCCCACCUUGUUCGGCACCAAAAAGUUCACACUGGAGAAAGGCCAUAUGAAUGCAAUGAAUGUGGGAAAUCGUAUAGCUUAAGCUCCCAUCUCAUUAGGCACCAGAAAGUUCACACUGCCGGAAGGCUGUAGGAGUGCGUCCAACACAACAGAACUCAUGGGGAGGAGCUCUGUGUCUGCCUUUAGAGAGGGAGACAUCAACCAUGUGUCAAACCACAUAUAUCUGGACAUUAAUACUGGGGAGUAUUUUAUGAAUGCCAGGUGCAGGGAAAGCUUUCAGAAGCUAUGUUGCACUUUCAGACCUGCUCAGGUUCCUUGCCAAAUUUGUUAGUGCCUGUGGCUGAAACCAUCUCAACUCAACCAGGUUACCCUAAUAUUUUUAGGGGAGGCAGAACUUCAUGCUCUCUUCAAUCCCUGGAGGAAAUUAUAAGAAAUCUGAAUUAAAUGGUGGUCCUCAUUUGCUUACCUCUGACCGGAAAAGGUAUGGACAUGAUCCACCUUUAGCCAAGAUGAUCUAAGCUGUGCUCUGGUAGCAGAAAAGGUUUACUUUAUUCAUGGACAUUGUUGGUCUCAUGUGAUACUUGUGAUGAAUUUUUCCAGCCUCCAAGUCACCCAGGCUGGAUAACUACUUGACUCAUGUUGCGCUGGUUUGUGUGGUAAUAAAUACCUUAUUAUUUAAGCCA